UAUGCUGGGAAUGCUGCUGGGUUUCGCAUGGCAUCUCUUCUUCGGCUGGCUGACACAAAAGCCAACAAGCCAGGGAUGACACUGAUGCACUUUGUUGCCAUGGAAGCAGAGAAGACUGACAAAAAUCUUUGUGACUUCCAUAAUAAGUUGGUUCAUACAGUCUCUGCCUCCAGGAUCAUCAAACAGGAAGUGGAGGCAGAAUUCCAGAAGGUCUCCAAUAAAAUAGUCGCAAUGAAGGCCACUCUGAAUGACGAAGCUGAUCUGAAACAGCAGAUGGAGCCUUUUUUGCAGGAAGCAGAACUUCAACUACAGGAGGUGCAAAUUUCUCUGGAGAAGCUGGCCCGCUCGGUUCAUAACUUGAUUGAGUUCUUCUGUGAGGAUGAGGAGGUGUUUAAACUGGAAGAAUGUUGCUCAGUGUUCCGGACAUUCUGUGAGAAGUUCAGCAAAGCAUUAAAGGAAAACAGAGAGUGGGAGAAAGCAGAGUUGAAAAAACAAGAGCAGGAGCGUAAGCGCCGGUCUAUUGCUACGUGCUCACAUCGGGAGAAGGAUAUGGAAAAUGUAGAGCUAGAGUUCCUGCUCCUUCAAAACUACAAAGAUGGCUGGAGAAAUCGAAGUCUGAAAAAGACCCCGAACUCCUCACCAGUCCUGCGGUCCGAAGGUCUGCAAAGGCGUACUGGGAAAACAGCUAAUGGACAGUCUUUGACAAAGAAGGGUAUACUGAAUGGUGAACAGAAUACACAGAAAGGACAGGUAAGAGUGACUCAGAAAAAUCAGAGUACUUCAAAACAAGGCAGAGCUUCAGGGCAACAGCUAGGUGAUAAUGCAGAUCAAGCGCAAGAAAAAAGAACACUACAGAAUGUAGUAAACCAGACAACAGGAACUCAGUCUUCCAAACUUAGAGAGCACCUUGCAAUGUUUGAGCAGCCAAGCACUUGCAACAAAAUGGGAAGACGUCAUACUUUACCUGUCAUUCCUUUCACACGUAGUGAGAGCUCUGAAGAAGUUUCAUCAUCAAAAAAGCGUCCAAUGCUUUCCCAUGCUGGGAGGUUUUUUUCUGUGGAUGGUUCCCCUGAUGUUUUGACCUCUAAUAUUGGUCAAGAGAUGCAGUUGCAGCAGACUCCAAGGAGAAAUCCAGCACAGGUGGCAGAAAUUAAGAUGACUAAUGGAGGGGAGACUUCAACUUCUACAACUUUGGCCUUGGAGCCUAAGAUGACACCUCAUGAAAAGGCAUCAUCUACUCCAGAUUGCUUAAACACCAGAGAGGAUGGUUUGCGUGACACCUCACCAAGGCAUAGAAUUACAAGUUUCCUUCAAAAGAUGGCCAGUCCACGAGCUCCUGAUAACCUUUCCAGAAUUAUUGAUGGAUGUGAGAUUAAGGGGUCUCCUAAAGCAGUCUUGGAAAACUCUCCCUUUGUAAAUUUUUUCAAGCGUCAAAAAAAGCUGUGGCAGAAAGGGCCAUACCCACCACCAUCUGGGGAGAAAAAUGAGAUGGAUAAUGAGGUUUUAACGACAAAGGUGGGGGCGGACGGUUCUUGACAUGCCAGUUGCAUUGUGCAUGUUAAGUAUGAAUUACAUCUUUCUCAGGGAAGAACAACAUAAGCUGAGUGGAAUUUUUGCUUGAAAACUUAGCCAGUUCUGGAUUAACACAGGACUGGAAACCAGAGCUAAAACCAAGUGGGUCACCUUUGUUUUGGCAUGUGGCAGUAAUUAAGUGAAAGCUUUUAACUGUGCAACACAAUGUAAAAUGUUUGUGGUGAAGAAAAUUCAGACCAGCAAUAAAUGUUGCCUUUUGUUUAUGAACUUUGCCUGAAUAUAGUCUAGCAAUUUGCUGGAAGAAAGUUUGCAUUUGAAGUACACAAGAAAUUCCUGUGAUCGUGCUCUGAGCUAUCAGAAUUCCCUUAGCCAAAUGACAAUGAUGACGUGGUGAUAUGGUUCAAAGUUGAAAACGGACUAUUUUAGAAAAUUAUGACUAAUGUUUAGAGUGGUAGAGUAUAUCUCUGUAUCAUCUGUUAGUGGUUUGUGAAGGUGGUACCCAGUAGUACUUGCACUUUUGAGAAUGGGAUGACAGAUGUAUAAAGCCGAAGACCCUUUUCAACAGACCUGUAGCUAACAUUCAACCAGCAGAAUGUUGCAUCUUUUCAUACCCUGUGUUAGCUUACUGAAAUUGUAUGAUUCAGCUUUGAGAGCUGUAGAAGAAUGUAUAGCUUCUUUAGGAGCUCAAACAUAAACGGACUUUAUUUAAAAAUAUGUAUAUAUAUAUUUUAACAUGUACAUAAAUAUAACAAUUUGUCAAGGUUGCAGGAUUCAACCAUGUAAAAAGCACACAAUACUGUUAUAUGCAAUUUUGUUUUGCCACACAGUGGUGGGACACUUUACUUUGUCUUAUUGGAGUUGUUUGAUUUUUAAAAACUGAGAGGGAUUUAUUUCUGACCCUGUCCUUCACAUUUCGGAUGGUUUCCUACACUGAGCAUUUUGUGUGAAUUUGUACAAGAUACUGCACUAUCACAGGUUAACCUAAUUUAUUUAUUAUUUUAAGUCAUGUUUUUUUUACACCCAGUCCACUUGCCUUUUUUAGUUCUGAGUCUCCAUGUCUAACAGGCAGCCAGCUGACCAAGAAGAAACAGCUAUGCAUUUCUAACAACUGCUAAAUGGCGGGUGUCUGGUCUCCUUUAUGGAUGUUUGGCAGUUUACACCUGGGAAUGCAUGGUAAAACACACUUUGCGCUGUGUGAUCAGUUGUUCCUGCAACAGAUCGAAGGGAGUUGGGGUUUCACCAAAUCCAGGGGAAGCACAAGUUAUAACCAAGCUUAAGAGGGCAUUUUGUAUGCUCAAGCUGGUAAAGUGCUCUUCUGGUUUUGAUGGUUAUUAUUGGGUGUUGUAAGUAAUUUUAAAUUUCACAGAUUGGAAAGCACUUAAAAGGGUCUUAUCCCCUCUAUAAAAAAGGGAUGCAAGCCAAGAGAAGAGGUGUUGGAUUGACCUUGGAAGAGCAUUUCUUCAAAACAACAGUAUUUGAGAACAUGUCCCUGUGAACCUGCUUUCAUAGUGCUUUGUAAUUCACAGAGCUGCGUCUCUCUCCCACACCUUUUACCACCUCUGCACCUCAUCAUCGGAGGGAGGACAGUUGGCUCUUCCCACUCGCACCAUUUUUGCUUUCCCUUUGAUAGGCUACACAUUGAGGAAAUUGAUAAUGCUGUCAAGUUUGGUGGGCUUCUAAAUGUACAUGUGUGUUGCCAAGAGCUGCUGAAAUAUUUUAAUUUUCCUAAUAAAGUUACAUGUUUAAAGAUAUUUUCCAUUGAACUUGACAACUGCAAAGAAAAUUACUCAUAGCGUUUGUGCAGUUACUAACUCGUGUAGUUUUAGCAAAGGUUGCGGUAUACUAAGCAGGGAUGGUUUGUAACAGGAGACUAGUUUAUCAGCAGAAAUCCAGAGCUUCUCAUAUAGUUGUAGCACAUAGAGCUUUGAGAGGUGACUGUUAAGACCACUGUGAAUGAAGCAUUGGUGGAUUCUAAUAGAAAGCAGAAUUUAGGAAAAUGUUGCUUUGGUAAGCAUAAUUCAGUAUGCAAACCAGAAGUUCACUCAUGAUCUCUUCUGUUUUAUCAUUAAAACUGGGCACUAUGACAGCAAGCGUACUUUACUGUUGGUGAAUGCUUUAACUGUCUGUGCUGGAUUGAGGUGUUCUCCAUCUUUAGAAGGGAUGUGAACAGGCAGAAAUUAUAAAAUGAGAGGAGUUUGGUCAGAUGUCAAAGGGUAUGUAUUCUUGUAUACUGAUAACUGCCUUGAACUAAGCCCUUCCUACAACCUCUCAUGCUAGUCUAUUGAGGUCCCUGCUGUGAUGGCUGCAACCUCAGCUUUAAGUAAUGUGUGAAAGACUCCAUUGCAAAAGGCCAUAUGCCAUUGUAUUACUGUUGUGUGCUGAACGUGCCCAUUUAGAUACUUUUUUUUGGGUGGGAGUUAAGUCAUCAAGAUCUGUUUUGCCACAGUGUAGCUGUGAAAGCACCAGAUCUCUGCAGUCCCCAGAGAUGUCAGAAUGAUUCCACUUUGAAGUUCUGCCUGGGCAAUUGUCCAUUUUGAGUAAGGGCUUGCAGUGAAAAUAUAAGACACGGGUCUUCAGGUUCCACAUGAAGUCGAUGUGAUGACUUAUUCUACAAGGUCUAUACAGUGUGGAUUCUUAUUUGGUCCCUGCAGAGAGGCUCGAUGUGCCCUUCCGGUACUGUUAGUGACCCCCCCCCCAAGUACAUUACUGAUGGUGAUAAAACAAACUGCAGAUGCUACCAGAAUCGAAAUCCUGUCCAUUGACAUUAGGAUAAUAUAUUUAAAUGUACAAUAAAGGCUUCAGAAAUGCUUACGAUAGCUGUAUGUUCUGCUCCACUAAUCAAAAGAGCAUUUUUUUCCUACAAUUGUUUUUACCGAGACUGCAUUUUUAUAGUUGAAAAUAAAGAAGUAAUUCACAGGAAAA